CGACAAACGGAUUCUCUGUCAGUUCUUGAGUCGACAGUGGAAGUCUCGGUCAGUCGAAGCGUUACGUUGUUCCUGUUCAAGAUGGUGGCACUUUCAGCAUUCGUCCUUCUGAUCACUAUCGGCGCUACCUCCGCGCAGAUCGAGAGCUACAAAGGUUGCUACACGGCAAGUAUUGGCCUCACCGCCAGCGGGACUUCUCAGGACAUGGUCAACGCCGACUGUGUCGAACACUGUAGGACCCAGGGCAUGGCCUACUCAGCGACAGGCGAAGGGAAGCACUGUGUCUGUUUGACGGCAGCCGACAUGCAGAACCUCAGCCCAGUCUCCGACUCACAGUGUGACGUCAGCUGCACAGGAAAACUGACGGAAAAGUGCGGAGGAACCGACGAGACGGUCAGCGUGUGGAGCACCGGACAAGGAAAGCGUGAGCUGGCAGCGAAGACAACUUCAGAGAACUUGAGAACGACUUCCACACAGAGCUACAAAGGCUGCUACACCACAAGUGAUGGAGCGCUCACCGCCAGUGAUCAUGAGUCGUCUCUGCACAUGACCAACCAAGACUGUGCCAAACACUGUGUGGCCCAGGGCAAGGCAUACUCAGCGACAGGAGAAGGCAAGCACUGUGUCUGUUUGGCGGACCUACGUAACCUCAGCCCAGUCUCCGACUCACAGUGUGACGUUAGCUGCACGGGAAAAGUGACAGAAAACUGCGGAGGAGUCGACGAUGUCGUCACCGUCUGGAGCACCGGGCAAGGGAAGCGGCUGCUGACGUUGAAGAUGUUGGUUGAGGCCAUGAGAGACACCGUGUGAUACAACUACAAACCUGACUGACACUCAACUAGCUACUAAUGGGAGAUUUGACAAGUGGGUCAAUACAUCGAAGAGGAAGGAACAGGCAUUUUAUCGAAACUAUGUAAUGAUGUGAACAUUGUGUAACACAUGUACAUUGCUAAAGCGUUUUGAACGUCAACGGUCAUUUCUCCAAUCUUAUACUCUGUAAUGUCGACCAAAUACAAACUUAGUAACAAUGCGUUGGGCAUAGGUCUGAAUCGAAUUAUGUUGACUGACCUAUAUUGGUGUUUCAAUACCGAUUUGAUCAAGCAAUCGUUUAAAUUUGUGUUGUGUUGUUUUCGACAUUAUUGUAUUAUCUUUGCUGGUAUACAACUGUACAACUCCUCAUUUUAUCUCUACAAUGGAAUAACUGUACAUUUCAAAGUAUGUGGGAUGGUAAUAAAUCUGUUGUAAUAAAGUUA